AUGUUCUCAUGCUCGAACCACCACCAUCUUGGCCAGCAAAGCAGCUCAGUGCCACUGCUGGCAGGCACCCAUCGGCGCCGCUCACCUGACAAGACCCCCUCAGAAUCCUCAGACGAUGCCCAAGCUGCUCCACUCACCAAGUCACCGCACACGUGGCGGGUGGUCAAGAGAGGUCGUACUGACCGCAAUGACCAACCCCAGCACCAUGUCCCAUGGCCAAGUACCCCACUAUUGCUGUCACCCUUCACCAACCCCUCUACAAUGGGCCCACUCAAGACCGGCUGUGAAAAGCCCACCAAGACCAACAACCUGCGGCCCCCACAGGAUGACCUGAAGCACCUGGAACAGUUGUUGGACUCAGUCCUAGCAACUGCUAUCAUCCUCCAGGCAACUUCAACCAAGCUGGUUGAGCUUAGCCCCCACACUCGCAGCGCUUUGGCAGCAAUUGUAAGCAUGUUGCAGCCAAGCGGCAUCAUGCCAACAAUCACAAAGCCUCAGCCUCAGCCUGUGGUCAAACGACCUGCAGCUGCUACUGGAACCAAGUCCUAUGCGCAAGCUGCCCUGCACAAAGCUGGCAUGGAUCAACCAUCCCACAGGAAAGGAGUGUCACAAGCAGGUCGAGCACCUCACAUGUCUUGGAAAGCGCAGCCUACCCAGAUGCAGUGUCACUCUCCCUAUCGACUAACCUUACGAUGGCCCAACCGACAGCCACCGCUCACCAUGGAAUUCCUUUCCCUACUCGUCCCCCAGCUGAACUACAACCUCAAUGAUGUCCAUCAGCCCCCACGUAUCCUCGCUGCCAACCUCACAAAAGCUGGCAACAUUUCCCUGCUCACAUGGGCACCGUACACAGCUGCGCAGCUCAUCACCUGA